GUUUAUCAUGGCAGAUGACGAGCAAGAAACGUAUAAAUUAUGGAGAGUGAGGAAAACCAUUAUGCAGAUGUGCCACGAUCGCGGUUAUCUCGUAACUCAAGAAGAACUGGAUCAGACCCUAGACGAAUUUAAAGAGAUGUUUGGUGAUCGCCCAAGUGAGAGGAAGCCUGCUCGUAGUGAUCUUACAAUCCUUGUAGCCCAUAAUGAUGAUCCAACAGACCAGAUGUUCGUUUUCUUCCCAGAAGAUACAAAAAUUGGUAUUAAGACUAUUAAAGCAAUUUGUCAACAAAUGCAAGAGCAAACCAUUACAAGGGCAAUAAUUGUGGUUCAAAAUGGAAUGACUCCGAGUGCAAAACAGAGAUUUAAGUCGUUUUGUAAAUGAAA